AUGGCGAGAAUGGCAAAAUCACAAAAUUCUCUUCCGGCUCCAUUAGUAAAAUUAUUCAGGUAAUAUAAUUUAAAUUACAUUUAUUACAUUAAUUUUAUUGCAAAUAGUAUACUAAAUAAUAUUUUUAUCACAAAAAUAUCCGUAUUUAUCAUAACUAUAAUAUCUAUAUACUAAAAUGUAUUGAGUGCAAUUUAAUUAACUUGUACCUUAAAUUUUUAUAAGAAUAUUAUAUUUACUUAGAUAUCUUUAGAGAAGAUAAAAACUUUUAAUUUUUGUUCCUAGUAUACUACCGUCUUACAGAGCUCGUAAGUCAUAGGAGUUGCAUAUUUUUCUGUAUGCACUGGAUUUAUAGCAGACCAAACUAAAAAAUCAUUUUUUUUUUCUAUACAAUAGAGAGUUUAAAAUCGAACAAUUAAAAUGUACAAUUCGCAUAUUUCGUUAAUCUUAAAGAAAAAGUGUUAUUUCAUAGAUUUUCGCAUAUUAUGCAUAUUUAAUAUUUGCUUAAAUAAUUGAUUUUUUUCUUUCUUAACCAAUGUAUUUUAAAUAAUAUUGAAUUUUUAACUAAUAUUAUUUAUCGUCGUUAUUUAUUUUUAUUUCUUAUCAUAUCAAUCAUUAAUUUAAUGACAAUGGUACAAUUUGCAUUAAUUAAUCCUUAUCUUUUUCAAUAAUUAUGUUUUUGAAUAAUAAACUUUGAAUAAUUUAUUCCAUAUAAAACAUUUUUUCAUGCAUAUUUUGGCUUUUUUAACAUCUAUAACUACCGAGCUCUACUGACUUGUAUAUUCCAGUUCAACUUCAGGUAACAGUUUUUUAAUAUCAUAUUGUACUUCUUCUAUAUUAUUAUAAAAACCUUCUUUAAUUUAACUUUUAUGGUGUUACUAUUUUUAAAGCUAUGUUGAUGAACAUGAAAAAAAAUUUGUGGACACAUUAUCACAAGCGGUUUCAAUCAAAUCUGUAUCUGCAGAUCCUGAUUUAAGAAAUGAAGUUAUCAGGAUGGUACAAUGGGCUGAAGUGAAAUUACAAGCUCUUGGAGCGACAACUGAACUUUGCGAUAUUGGUACACAGGUAACUAUAAUCCCUAUUUUAUUUGAUUAGAUUAGGUUAAUUUUUUUUAUAGAAUAAAAAAACAAGUUUAAUGAUUUUAGGUAUUAAGUGGGAAAAUUGUACCUCUGCCUCCAGUUCUACUUGGUACAUUAGGUAAUGAUCCCAAAAUGAAUACUAUUUGUUUGUAUGGUCAUUUAGACGUACAACCAGCAGAUAUUUCUGACGGAUGGGAUAGUGAACCGUUUGUUUUAACUGAAAAAAACAAUAAAUUGUAUGGAAGGGGUUCCACAGAUGACAAAGGUCCAGUUCUCGGAUGGCUUCAUGCUAUCGAAGCAUUUCAAAAUACAGGAAUUGACUUGCCAGUUAAUUUAAAGGUUUAAAAUAAACAAACAAAUUAUAAUUAUUAUGUGUUUGAUAUUUUUAAUCCAUAAACACAUUAUUGUGUUGUUAAGUUUGUUUUUGAAGGAAUGGAAGAAUCUGGUAGUAUAGGCUUAGAUGAGUUGCUCAUUAAGAGAAAAGAAUCAUUUUUCAAUGAUGUAGACUAUGUUUGUAUAUCUGAUAGUUAUUGGUUGGGUACAGAAAAACCUUGUUUAACCUAUGGACUUCGCGGUAUGUGCUGUUUUGGUAUACAAAUUGAAGGUUCGAGUAAAGAUUUACACAGUGGCAUGUAUGGUGGGACUGUGUUAGUAAAAAGAUUAUAUUUAAUAUCUAUAUUAGUACAAAUUAAAUAUAUAUUAUUAUCUUUUAUUUAUAUUGCUAAUAAUUAUGUGUUUAGAUAUGAAGCCAUGUCUGAUUUAAUAUAUGUUCUCAAUCAAUUAGUUGAUGUAAAAGGUAACAUUUUAAUUCCUAAGAUUAGUGAUUCAGUAGAACCCUUAAGUGAAAAAGAAAGGGAACUGUAUGAUAAAAUACAAUUUGAUGUAGAUACAUAUAUUAAUGAAAUUGGUGCAUCAAAAUCAACUCACGAAACAAAAGUGUGUAUUUUAAAUUUAUGUUAUAAAUAAUAAUGAAGGUUUCUAAUUAUUAAAAAAAUUAAUUUAUAUUGUAGGAAAAAUUAUUAAUGAGUAAUUGGAGGUAUCCAAGUCUAUCAAUCCAUGGAAUUGAGGGAGCAUUUUCAGGUCCAGGGUUUAAAACUGUUAUACCACGUAAAGUAAUUGGAAAAUUUUCAAUUCGAUUGGUGCCAAACCAAAAUCCAUUGAUCAUUAAUGAAAUAGUUAAAGAUUAUAUUGAGAGUGUUUGGAAAAAGCGUCAAAGUCCUAACAAAUUAGAGGUAAGAAUUUUCUUAAAAAUAUUUGGACCAAAAAUAUCAAAAUAUUUAUAUAUGGUCAAUUUUCAAAAUUAUUAGUGUUUAAUAUGGUGAUUAUAAUUAAUUUAGUAGUGUUAGUUUUUUACAAUUUAAUUUCACAUUUGUAUUGAUUUAAUUUUAACUGUAGAUCAUUCAAGAAGGAGAGGGUGGUAAUCCGUGGAUGACAGAUCCAUUUAAUUCUCACUAUUUAGCAGCUCAUAAAGCUACGGAAAGUGUAUAUAAUAUUGAACCCGAUUAUACAAGAGGUGGUGGAUCAAUCCCUGUCACAUUGACUUUACAGGUAUUUUGUUAAUUAUUUAUUUUAUUGUGUAUUAGUUUGUAUAGGUAUUCAAAUUGUACAUAAUAUAGCAAAAAUAAAUAUAAAAUACAUAAUAUUACAUUUUUAAAGGAAGUAACUGGUAAAAAUGUUUUACUAUUACCUAUGGGUUCUGGCGAUGAUGGAGCUCAUUCUCAAAACGAAAAAAUUGAAUUGCGAAACUACAUUGAAGGGGUAAAUAUUAUUAUUACCAUUUAUAAUAUACAUUUUUGUAUUAAGAAAUCAGUUCGAGUAAACCAUAGUAACUCGAUUAAGGGGGCCAAAAAAAAAAAAAAACCAAAAUUUUGCUUAUUAUAUUUAAAAAUAUACUAUAGUUACUUAAUCAAUAAAAUAUGAAAAAUAACUGGAAUAAACACCAUAAUAAAAAAAAAUUAAACUACUGCCAAUGGAUGGGGCCAUGGUCCCGGUGUCCUCUCUGGCUGCACCACUGAAAUCAAUCGAUUGUUAAAUAUAUAAUUAUCUGUACUGGUUGUAUCUACCACGAUAUUAGAUUAUUAUUUCUGACAAGAUAAUGUUAUACUAUUGUUGUCGGAACCAAAAUACAAUUUGUACAAUACUAGUGAUCAAAUUUUGUUAAAACAAAAAGUGAAAAAAAAAAUAAAAUAGAAAUGUAGCAAAAGUUGGCGCUAACAUUGAGUUUUAAGUACUCAUUUAAAUACAGUUUUCCCUUGAAAUGUUUGUUGACUGGUACUUUCAGUCACUACUGAAUAAUUUUAUCCGCCAAUAAUCACUAGAGAUGGUUUAUGUACAAGAUUAAUGUUAGUUCUGACAAUAACCACUCAUGUAUACAAUAUCAAAUGGCAGGAGUGGUAUAUAAUACAUAAUAGUAUCUACUGUAACAAUCAAUUUUUUUUUUCAAUUAGAUCAAAUAAAAUAGUCUCAGUAGUUGAUAAGUAACUAAUGGUAACUAAUGUUAAGACAAGAUUUGAAUUACUACAACAUUUAAUAUUCGUAUAGUAUAUUGUUUUAAACAUUUUAUAGUAUAUCAAUAUAAUUAUUAAAAUAUUUUGUUUCAGACUAAAUUAAUGGCUGCUUACCUUUAUGAAGUAUCCAAAAUUAAAAAUCCUACCAAAUAA